GGCAACGAAAGAAAAUAUUAAUUCAAAACACUAUAGGAAAGUUUUCUUGUUUAUAAUAGUUCUAUAUGCUUUCAAUUAGGUACUGAGUAAAAAAUAAUUUAAAAAUGCCUACUCAAAAACUGACCUAAAACGACUACAGCAGUAUAGCUUGUAUUACAUUAGUUUAAGAUACUUUCAAACAAAAACGCAAUGACUUUAUAUAUUGAUACAAAACUUAAUUUUACUGACGGUAAUGUUGUGUCCACCGUUGGUACAUGGCAUCCUUCAUUACCGCUACUUGCUGUAGGAUCGUAUAAUCAAGAAAAAGGGGGAUUCGUCACAAUAUUCCAGGAAAACGGCUUUCCACUAGAAGGAUGCGAGUGGCCUAUAUUAUUAUCGAACCAAGUGACGGCCCUAGCAUGGCACCCCACAAGACGUUUGCUGGUUGUCGGCUGGGAUGGAGGAGAACUUUAUAUUUGGUUAGAAUAUUCUUGGGCCCGAUUAGAAGCUCCUCAUAAUGCUGCACUAACAACCGUAGCAUUUAGCUUAGGAGGAGGAAGACUUCUGGCUUCAGAUGCUGCAGGAUCUCUGUCUGGUUGGCAGUCUGGUGCAGGAGCACCACUUACAUCCUUCCAUCAUCAACUUGGUGAUGUCAUUACUCACAUUACCUUUUGUACACCUCAACCAAGCUCAGAAACUUCCAUUCGAGGGUUAGCGCGCGCAGCAGUAGCUGGUGAUGAGAAUGCCUUGGAUGCACUUGCUGCUUGGAGGCCUCGGACAACAGCAAGGGUAAGAGAAGGUACACAACCUGACAACCACUCUUGUUAUGCGGCUCAAGAUAAUGGAGUUAUACUAUACAUAGACUAUAAUGGAGCGUGUUCUGAAGUGUUAAAUGCACCUGGUAACAUUAUAUUCAUGGGUAUAAUAAGCAAUAUAUAUCUGCUUGUGGCCUGGGAGGCUGGUGGAGCCCUAAGUUUAACAAGGUUCAUAAUGUCCGAUGAUGGUUCCUUGGUAACAGACACUCAUGUAAGAAUGGCUGCCAGAAAUGGACAGUGUAUAGUUCUUGCAGGGAAUUUCUAUGUAGCUGUUAUUACUGGAGACAACCUCAUCAGGGUUUGGGAUAGUGACACUGGAGAUAAUGAUGUAUUACCCAAUGAAAAAGAGGAAAUAGUUCCAGGAGACAUAUUCACAAGCAUUAGUUACAGCAAUCUGAGUGAUACUCUUUGCUGUGGAACAUCACAGGGUAACUUGUAUCUUUGGAGAAGAGACCAUCGGAAUAAUUGGAAACUUAUUAGUAGCACCUCUGUUAAAGGCACUGUCAAAGAGGUCAGUUGGGGGUCUGAAGGUCUCAUGAAUCCAUUACUGCAUGUCAACUGUAUCACAAGUGCCUAUGUUCUUCGGGAGCAGCCUGUGUGCUGGGGAUACUCACCUAACAUUUACAUGGUCCAAAAGUCUGCUAAUGAAACAGCUAUAACAAAUAGAAAUAAUGUUACAUCAAUGAUAAAUACCUCAAUCACUAUCAGAGCUUUUGCAUUUAAAGACCAGUACAUUGCAUUAGGGGAUGGAAAAGAAGUGCAGAUUUGGAUGUGCAGUAAAGAUAAUGAAAUGAAAUUUUCUCUUAUAAGAAGUUUUUCAUGGAAAACUGAUGUUUUGAUCAUUUACAAUGAUGUUCUUGUUGGGGUGGUAAAUCCUCACAUAGAAUGCUACUCAAUAUCUGGCAUAAGCUUAGGAAUACUACCAAGCACCGAAGGUGAAGGCGAGCCUAUCGGCGUAACCAAUACAGCCAAGUUUAUAGUUAUCGCAACAAUGGAUGGCACGCUUAAAUUAGCAGAAAUUACCAAAAAAGGCCUCAGGAUGCCUUACCCUCCAAAAAACUGCUAUCAAAUGAUCGAAGAUUUUGGAGAAGUCAUGAGAGCUUCUGUUAACUGUACUGGACGCUAUAUAUGCUUAAGUAUUGCUAACGCAGGCUUGGCUCCUGAUCCUCGCUUGUAUCUCUGGGAUGUAGCGAAUGACGUCAUCACAAAUACACUGAUUUCGGAAAAUACGACACCUCCGUAUCAAAGUGUUCCAAUCGCCAUAAUUUGGGACUGCAAUGAUCCAAGGAUUGUUGCAGUACAUAUGAGAUCUGCUGAUUUGGAUCGUGUACACUUAUUCAUAUGCCAUGAAGGUAGCCUUUACGAAUACAAAAACUGGCACGGACCCUCCGAAGACUAUUUUAUGACAGACUUCUUGCUAUGUUCGUUACAUACACCCUACGUCGUUAUUCUGUCUCAACAAAACAUCAAAAAGAUACUGAUACACGAAUUUGAAGAUAUGACAGAACAUGAUGCUGCUAGCGUUAGACAAGUCCUAGACUUCCUUUACUAUAUGACAACAGGGUAUCUUGAAAAAGCAGUAGUAGUGGGAACUUCUUUGUCGGGAGGUAAAACGUCAAUCAUAUGGGAUAGCUUGGCAAAAGUAUGCGUUGCUCGAAAACGGCCUGAUGUUGGAGCUGUGUGCUUAGGCAAGAUGGGAAACAUCAGAGGUGCCUUAAUGAUGCGUAAGGUUAUGGGUGACGCUAGUAUGGACGACACUUGCAAGGUCGCCGUACUUGCUGUCAACUUGGGUAUGAUCGAAGAAGCUGAAAACUUAUUCCGGGAAGCACAAAGACCGGACCUGAUCACCAGGUUGAUAUCAGCCAAGGAAGGAGGUCUUAGUGAAAUUACUAAUGGAAGCCAUGAAGGCGAGAAUAUCUUACUUAUAAAGAGCGCACAACAUAAACUGGCCAAAGUUCUAUGGUCAAAUGGAGAAACAAAUGCUUCCCUAAAGCUAUUUGAAAGUGCAGGUACUUUGGUACCCCAUGUUCCCAGAAUGCUCGUUGCCCAAGGCCAGUCGCCGGUACUCGCUCAAUAUGUCGCGAAUUCUAAUGACACUAGUUUGAUUACUUGGUGGGGCCAUUACUUAGAGAGUAUUGGUGAUCUAGAUGGCGCUUUAGAAGCGUAUGCCCGUGCCAACGACUUUGGAGAGCAGACAAGACUCUUGUGUCACAUGGACAGAAUUGAUGAAGCUGAGAGGCUCUGUCAAAAGAAUCGCUCUUCGCUGUAUCAAAUGGCUCGUUAUUUGGAAAUGCAGCCGGAUAAAACUGAAAGCGCUGUCAAGAUGUACAUAAAAUGCGGCGCGGUAUCGUCAGCGAUUCGCGUGGCGGCAGAAGCAAGUGCCUGGAACCUUGUAUGGCGGGCUGGGUCCGCUUCACCAACCCACGCUCUACACGCAGCUUCCAUUCUAGAGAACGCUGGCCAAACAGAACAAGCAAUUGCUCUUUACCAAAAAGCUGGUAAAGUCCACAUGGCCUUAAAGUUAGCGAUAAGCAGCGGUGAUACCAACGCAAUGAUCGCAGCAGUAGAGGCUUUAGGUGACCGAGUGGAUCCAGAGCUGGCCAACACACUCGCCGCUCAUCUGCGCCAGGCCAACCAGCACUCACAUGCGGCUGCAUUGUUGGCAACUGCUGGCAAGUACGAAGAAGCCUUAGACAUAGUAGAACAGCUACCAACGCCAUUGACUGAGGAGCUUAGUGAAAGGCUCGCGGCACCAGCUGGUACAACAGGAAGGGACGCCCUGCUGCGGCGGCUGGCUGACGUAUUGGGGGCGAGGGGGCUGUACCACCAGGCGGCGAAACGAUUGGCUCAUGCCGGGGAUAAGGCAGGAGCAAUGCGCUGGCUGAUGCGUUCAGGCGACGCGGACCGCAUCGCGACGUUCGCGGCGGCGACCCGCGACCGCGGCGCGCAGCUCAUGGCGGCCGACUACCUGCGGCGCCGCGCCGACUGGCGGUCGCGCCCUGAUCUCAUGAGGCACAUCCUACACUUCUACACCAGAGCGAAGGCCUAUGGGAAGCUAGCUGGUUUCUACGCUGAAUGCGCCAAAGUUGAAGUUGAUGAGUAUGAUAAUUACGACAAAGCCUUAGAAGCCCUGAAAGAAGCUGUCAGAUGUCUAGCUAAAUCUUCUGAUACAGAUACCGGUGCUCAGACCACAGCGCUGCAGGAACAAAGCGCCCUUUUAAAACGCUUUAUGGAUAUAAAGAAAAUGUGUGAAACUGGGGAAGUUAAUCCAGGUGUGGUUGCUGGACAACAACUUCUUCGCGCCGUGACGGGCCGCCCUGGGUUGAUUACAGAAGAGAAAGUUCUACGACUUUUGUUACAAUAUGCACCAAAUCAUCCGGAUGCGCCGCGUUUAGAAAGUCAACUGAAGUCAUUAAACAAACAGCCCGAGGAACAAAGCCUCAGUCCUGAUUCCACUGACCACAGUAUUGAAGAAGUCGUAUAACAUUUCUUCAUGAUUUUGUUUUAUUGUAUAAGAUUAGUAGAUGUUAAUUUUAAGUUAUUUAAUGGUAUCCGUCCAAUUUAGUUACGAAUCCGUCCGAAGAUUUUGUAAGAAUAUAUUUAAAUUAAAUUGCGUUCAUCGUCAUAAGUAUGAGAAUAAAAUUGCUUUUUAUUUACUUUCAACCACGUAAAUCCCCCGUAUAUUUCCAAAGUACCCACUAAACAAUUAUUAAUGUAAUAAGUAUAAUAGACGCUGGGACAACGUAGGCAGUGAAAAAGAAGUAUAUACAUUAGUA